UAAAAAUUAAUAAGAUAAAGAACACGUGUAAAUUUUAAAGAUAAAUUUUUUUUUGUUUAUAUAAAAUAAAUAAUUUAAUAUUUGUUUACACUGAACACCCUCUAAAAUGAAACGUCACGGUUGAACGAAAAUCCAUCCAAAUUGAAAGAUUUCUGCCACAGUAUUUACUUGAUAAUUUUGUUUUAUUAUUAUAUUAUAAUUUCAUUUUACGUUUAUAUAUACGUAUAAAAUAAUAUAAUAAACAAUAACUUUAUUACAAUAUAAGUUCAACAAAUUGCAGUCCACUAGUUUCAAUCGCUUUGAUAAAACAGAAAUGGCUCGUUAUUUCAAGGAACAGGAUAUCGAUGAAUUCCGUGAAUGCUUCUAUCUAUUUGCGCGGUCGGGACAGAUUACUUCCCUCGAUGAGUUGACCGUAAUUAUGCGUUCGCUGGGUCUAUCUCCUACAAUCCAAGAACUAAUUGCAUAUUUAAAAAAGAAAGGAGGAAAAAUGAGCUUUGCUGACUUUUUAGAAAUUAUGCAUCAACAUUCCAAAGUCGAAAAAAUCCCUGACGAAGUUAUUGCAGCGUUCAAAGCAGCCGAUCCUCAAAAUACAGGCACUAUAUCUGCAAGACAACUACGAAAUCUCUUGCAGAAUUGGGGAGAGGGUUUGUCUAUGCGUGAGGUUGACAACAUCUUCCGUGAAGCAAAUGUUAACAACAAUAGUAUGGUCAGAUACGCAGAUUUUAUAAAAAUCGCUUGUGCUCCAGUCCCAGACUACUAUUAAUCAUUCCUUCUUAUAUGCUAAAUAUAGCUGCUCAUCACACAUUUGCAUUCCUUAACUUCAAAUAUCCAAUUAUCAUUCAAGUUUAAAACAAAUAAAAUUCAAUUCUUUUAAACAAUAGAAAA